CUGUGCCUUUGAACUCCAGCGCUCAAGAGCGCGCUAUAAAUAAAGUUAAGGGCCAAGCAGAGGGCGACGGAAGGAGUAUUGAGCUUGGCUGCGGGGCGGAAAGGACGAGGGUUUCCCGCUCUUUCUCCUUUAGCACCGGCCGCCGGCUCUCCGUGUGGAGCCAUGGCGUGCGUGAACAGAUGCCGCUGCUGCACGGACAGCCGAAGGCAGAGCAGUAUCCUCUACAACAUCCUGAAAAGCGAGGAACAGCAGCAGCAGCAGCAGCAGCACCGUCACGAGGAGCAUGAAAGCGGACAACACCCGGUGCCGCCGCCGCCGCCACUGCCACCCCCUCGGCAGCUCGGACACGCGGUGGGGCUCGGCUGCUCGUGCGGGGCGCAAAGGCGAGUGGCUCUCAAGAGCCCUCAGGCGGCGUGCAAGGCGGCUUCGGCCGUGCUGGUGAAGACGUUGCGCUUCGUCAAGAACGUGCCCUGCUUUCAGGAGCUGCCUCUGGACGAGCAGCUGGUGCUGGUGCGCAGCUGCUGGGCGCCGCUCCUCGUGCUGGGGCUGGCUCAGGAUCGCGUGCACCUCGAGACGGUGGAGACCACGGAGCCCAGCAUGCUGCACAGGAUACUGACCAACAAGCGGGGCGAGGAGGAGGAAGAGGAGGAGGAGGAGGAGCAGCAGCAGCACCUGCAGCAGCAACAACAGCAGCAACUCCUGCUGCUGCACAAGCGGCAAGAGCAGCUGGAGCCGACCUGUGGCGGCGGCGGCAGCGACAGCAGCCCCAGGCUACCGUCUGCGGGGGAGAUCCAAGCCAUCAAAGGCUUCUUGGCCAAGUGCUGGAGCUUGGACAUCAGCACCAAGGAGUACGCUUAUCUCAAGGGCACGGUGCUCUUCAAUCCGGAUCUGCCAGGGCUGCACUGUGUACAGUACAUCCAGGGAUUGCAGCAGGAAGCACAGCAAGCCCUAAAUGAACAUGUCAGACUGAUUCACAGAGGGGACCAGGCCAGAUUUGCCAAGCUGAAUGUGGCUCUGUCCAUGCUUAGGUCCAUUAAUGCCACUGUUGUUGCGGAACUCUUCUUUAGGCCCAUCAUUGGAACAGUAAAUAUGGAUGACAUGCUGUUGGAGAUGCUUUGUGCAAAAUUAUGAAGUUGUGCGAAUAUAAUGUAUAUGCUAGAAAAUUCCAGCAUGAAAAGUUCUGCUACAUAAUAGUGUAAAGUACUGUAAAAUAAACUAACUUAUUGUUUUUACAUAAAUAGUAUUUUUGUACUGAGUAACAAAUUUUUGAGUGCAUUCAAUUCUAUUAAAUACACAUAUCCUUCCAUUAUUAUAUUUGCAAAAUCUCUGUGUCCUCCCAGAAGUCCAAUCCUAUGAAGCUUCACUCAGAGGUAACCCUCAU